AUGAUCUCAAAGAGACAUGACGAUAGUAAAAACUCAACAAACAUAGUCUCCAGCAAUUUAUGCGAUAAUAACGUGAAACAGCAUUCUGGCUACAUCGAGAUUGCCCCAGGCGCCAAUAUAUUCUUUUGGUUUUUCGAAUCUCGCAACAAUCCCAAGGGAUCUCCUUUAACAUUGUGGCUAAAUGGUGGUCCAGGAUGUAGUUCGUUAUUUGGGCUAUUUGAAGAACUCGGACCUUGCAAAUCGAAUAAUAACGGUUCAGAAAUUACAAACAACAUUUACAGUUGGAACGAGAUUUCUAAUAUGUUGUUCGUUGAUCAGCCGGUCGGUGUAGGGUUGUCGUACGGAUCACGUGUUGUGAAUUCCACUGAACAAGCCGCUGAAGAUUUAUACGUGUUUUUGCAAAUUUUCUUUGCAAAAUUUCCAGAGUACGCAACCUUGGAUUUUCACGUCUUUGGAGAAUCUUACGGCGGACAUUAUGCACCUGCAAUUGCCAAAAAAAUCGUCGAGGCCAACGACCUUAUUCAAGCUCGAACAAACAAAGAAACCAAGAUAAACCUUAAGACAGUUGGAUUAGGCAACGGUUGGGUUGAUGCUGAGAUUCAAUUACAAUCCAACGUGUAUUUCGCGGAAUUCAAUUCGUACCAUCCGGUAUUAGAUGUUAAAUAUAUCCAGGAAAUGAAGAAUAUUUCUUUCGAAUGCAAAAGCAAGAUCGAAAAAAGCAAAUCUACAGAGGAAUUCAGAAAAGCAUCUAUAGAAUGCGAUUCAAUACCCCAAGAAAUCUUUGACAAUCAUUCAUACGCUAGCGUUUACGAUAUCCGUGUUUCCAACACUUCUUACUCGUCCAUGCCAAGUGCCGACUAUGUCAGUUUUUUGAAUAAACCAGAAGUAUUGAGGUCAAUUGGCGCGGAAUCUUUUGGCAAUAGGACAUUUGUUGAAUGUUCGGAUAAGGUUUUUAAUUAUUUUAGCGAAACUGGGGAUGGCAUUCGUUCGUACAAACCUCACGUUGAAUAUCUUCUUGAAAAGAAUAUCCGCGUCAUGCUUUAUCAUGGUGAUGCCGACUACAUUUGUAAUUGGUUUGGGGGACUUGACGUGACCAACCAACUUGUAUGGAAAAACCAACGCGAAUUCAACGCUGCCCCAAUGCAGUAUUGGAAAGUCGACGAUGUAAUUGCCGGUCAGAUUCGUAAAUUUGGUAACUUAUGGUUCGUCAAGGUGUACGAAUCUGGUCAUGCGGUUCCAUUCCAUCAAGCGAAGAAUUCUUUGGAUUUAUUGAAGAAAUGGUUUAAUGAUAACUAA